GUUGCCUUCGAAAAGUAAUUCCAAUGAUCGCCGUUUUCUGGCUACCUACCUUACGUAUUACACCGACAAUCCUUUAGGUGAAUCCCGUCGGCAGCGGCGCCUAAUCAGGUUGGUGUCUCCCCUGCCCGACGCUAGACCCGACGUCCCGGGCAGCGAUUUCUACGACUGGGCGGCUCGUAUAACCGCGUCCGCCAUCACCAUCAUCCCACCAAAUCAUUAGUUCUAGCACCGUUUCAUCCCCCACAGCAGAAAUCCAAACAGGAAACCGUUUCGUCUUCUUUCUGCCUCCAGGCCUCACAUUACCGCUUCACGAGAAAGUAGACGACAUAAGGUUGCAAUCUGCAAAGAGACGCCUUCCUCCACCAAUCAUGAGCGCCGGACGGGGCGAGUUUCUAGAGCAAUACCUGGCGGCUGAAACCCUCUUGUUCAACAGCGUCCCAUUACUCGGUGCAGGCAGCCUUGGGAGGUGGAGAUGGUGUUCUGCUCCAAGCCUUACAGGGCUCCCGGCAGCGCCGUCCAGUGGCGCGGGUCUAACCAGCUUUCGGCACGUACACGUCCUGUCUGUCGAUAUUGCUCUGUUGGAAAUGAUUUCGUAUUGUUUACUCAUCAUUUGCUUUGUUAAAUCCGUAACGAAACCUGAUAUUUUGACGUCACUCUCGACAACACCGAAUUCCCGGCCGCUGUCAUUCUCGAUGCUCGCAGGCAUGACAAGAAUAGCAGAUUAUGAAAGCAUGGAACACCUCGGGGCUUCGCGCUAUCUGCUGACUUUUGUGAGCGCUGCAGAUACAUUGUACACACGAAGGAGUUGCCUCGACUACAUCGACAUGUACCCUCAACCCGACGCCGCUGCCAUGCGGGUUGGCCUCGCCUCACACCGUGGAGACCUCCUGUCAACAGCCGUUCUGGGUCCGGUAUCAGGCUCUUGA